GUGUCCGGAAUGAUCACUCAAAACACUCAGAACGAAUUAGUCAAAAACAGAUUCAUUAAACGAAACCCCACUAAUGCAAAACCAAAGAAUGGGAGCGGUUUAGAGAGUGGAGUUGUUUUAAUAGGCUUCUUUUGGAAUAUUUUUAGCUGGAAAGAGAAAAAAAUGCAUGAGUUAAGGCGUGCGUGACAGAGAGAGAGAGAGAGAGAGAGAGAGAGAGAGAGAGAGAGCGAGCGCGCGCGAGCGAGAGCGAGAGAGAGGCGGGGAUCAGCGGCGCAAGAGCGAAGCGGAAAGUCCGUAUUCCACAGUAAGCAUCAAUAUCAGUUUCCGUACCAAUCUGAAGCUGUUUACGUGGACACAUUCGGGCACGGAGAUCUUUUCUGUAAGAAUGAUUGUGUAGACGCGAAUCAAUCAGAAACUGGAUGGUUUUGUAAGCGUUAACUUAGAGGUUGAACUUGAGUAGCCGAAGUCUUGGACGGAUCUCCACUUUUGUUCAAAACAGCCUACGUUGAGCGCAUCUGAUCUUCCCCGAGCACUCGGAGCUGAUGAGGGGUUUGCUGUUGGUGUGAUCCGUGCGCGAUGGCCGCUUCGUGCGGACAGAAGAGCGAGAAGUUAGAUGAAGCGCAGGCUUUGGCGAGGAGCUGUGCGGGGCGACCGGACUUUCUGCCCUGCGACGGACUAUCCAUCUGCGCCACACACAGCCACGGGAAGUGCUUCAAGCUGCACUGGUGCUGUCAUCUGGGCUGGUGCCACUGUAAAUACGUCUAUCAACCCAUGACCAGCGUUUGUCAGCUUCCCAGCACAUCAGUUCCUGUUGCCCCCUCAGAUCAUACCCACACCAUGAACCUUUCAAUCUCCCUGACUGAGCGCUUCCUCAGGACAGCUCCCAAGUUUCGAACUCCACCUUGCCAAGAAUCGCCCAAAUUCUGUGUCAUCUCUGACCUCUUUGUGGAUGAUUACAUGGUUAAACGUAUCAAUGGUAAAAUGUGUUACGUACAAAGACCGCCUCCACCAACGGCAAAACCAACACACAAACCUCAAACUCCAGCACCUCAGCCUGCACCCCAGCGUACCAAUAAGCACACGCACCAGGUGGGCCCCAUCGUAAAACAUGCUCAACCGAGCGAGCUCUCAGGCCAUAAAAUGGACCACUGCUCCUCUCCCUCCAGCUCAGAAGAUUCUGGAAUAAAUGCAUUGGGUCUGCACUACAUGGAAUCAUGCGAUGAGGACUCCUGUGUGGAUGAUGAGGAGGAGGAAGAGGAAGAUGAUGAGCUGAGUACCGAUGUCGACUCCAGCCCUGGUAGCCUCUGGGACCAGGAUGAGUGCACUUUACUGUCACCAUCCAAAUCAACUGUUGAAAUCAUUGAGAAUAUUGAGACUACAGUUUGAUGUGCCUGUCAGUUCAUACCACAACUGAGAAAUUGAAUUUAUCCAUGAAAUGGAUCUCUAUUGAAUUGAGAAAUGGAAUAACUCAGUCACGUAAACAUUUCCCCACACUGUCCUACAGGUGCAUGAGCUCCAUCAGUUGAUACGAGCACACACGCUGUUAUAGCAAUGGCAUCAGAAGUUGUCCCAGAAAAACUCUAGACAUGAGUCAUGGGGACUUCUCUCCUGUACUUAAUGCAACUCUCAUUCUCCCUAUAGUCUGUUCCCUUACGCAUGAUGAAGCUGAUGUUCGUUACACACAAGUGAGUGCACUGACAUACACAUAUAGUGGAGACUAUGACCAAACGGAACUCAAUGCAUGAUAGAAUAUUUCAUGGAUGAACAGAUGUAUCAAAGUCUAACUUUGAAGUUUCCCGGGGUAUAUUGACUCCCUAGAGAGCCCAGCUGCAUUCUGUUCUACACAUAGAAGCGAAAGAGUUAAAGGGUGAUGAAAUACAGUGAGACUGAGAGUAAGGCGGGCUGUGUGUGUUUUAGGAGGAUGGAGAGCAUUACAAAGAUAGAAGGAAAAAGAGUGAGACAGAGAGAGAAGCUUUAAACCUCCUGUUAGCAGAAUCAGUCAGAGCAGUGGCUAAAUCAUGCAUAAGCUCAGAGAAUGGUAAUGAAACUUUCUGAUGAAAGGAGGUUGAGGCUUCGUGCUUGAGGGAAUGACCCUUCUCUCAAAUACAUAAACACUCUCUCUCUCCUCACACACACACACACACACACACACAGAGAUUCCCUAGAGGUACUGCCAAGUGUACAUUUCCAGACGGUACUUCUCUGACAGAGUGUGUAGGAGGGACAGAUCCUCCCAUCUUUAUAGUAUACAGUCCUCAAGGUUAGCAGCUUCUUUAAAGUUUAAUACAUUCAAGCUUUUUGACAAUCACUUAUUGUUCAAUGCAGUACGUUUAAAGAAAUAGUUAACUCAAAAAUGAAAAUUAUGUUAUUAUUUAUUCUCCCUAAUGUUGUUCCAAGCCUGUUUGUUGUUGAUUUUUUUUUUUCAUUGAAUAUAAAAAGGAGAAAUUUGUUUAUGCAGCUCUUUUCAAUACAAAGAAAGUUCAUAGUGAACAUGGGAUUUCAUAUACCAAAAAGGACAAAAAAACAGGUUUGGAACUAGUGAGUAAAAAGCUACAUGAUUUUCAUUCUAGGGUUAACUUUUCCUUUAAGAUAAAUUCAUUACAGAUUAAUCUGCGUCUAUACCGCUAUGGAGAAUGCAGUUUUAAAAUGACAAAAGCAGAGGAACGCUUAUUGUCACUGAAAGUUCACUCAAUUAUUGUCAAUCAGAUCUUCAAUGGCUGCAAAAGUUUUUCAGUUUUUCUAAUUAAAGGUCUUAGAACGUUUCCCACUUUAGACUUGAUAGUCUGUUUGGAAACCUUAGGGUGUUUUCACACUUGGGUCCUCUUUAAAAUAACCAAACUCAAACCCCUUUAAGUUAAAAAAGACCCAGUUCUCUUUGCAUUCACGCUGUAAAAAACAAACAAACUUGCAGCUGUGGUUGCCAGAUUAUGUAAAAAAUACAGUAAAAAUGUAAACAACUUUACAGAACAACCUGUCAAUUUUACAGUUUUAAGCUUUUGUUUUUACGGUAUAUUUUAUUGUGCAGUACCGUCGUUUAUAUUAUUAAAUGAUAAACUUAAUAUAUUAACCUUCUGAAACUGUAAGAAUCUGCUUUUCACUUUAUAAUGUAUUGUCAAUCACCAUAGUAAUUACAGAAGGGCACAUGAUGACAUGAAGUUCAUAAAUAGUGGCCCUUCCAGGAGUAAUGACCAAUAAACAUGUAAAGACAGUGCUCAGUGUCACUCACACAAACAUCAUCAGGGUAACACGUGUGCCAUUUUAAUUAUGCAAUAAACAUUAUAAACUACAUCAAAUAUAACAGAGAAAACCCCAAUGUAUAUAAAUUAUAUUAAAAAUAAGAAGAAACAACUAUUCCCAUAGAAUAUAAUGAAAUGGUUUUUUACCGUAAUUUUCACAAUAAUUUACAGUGAUAUAAUCUCUUGUUAAAUAUAAUAGAAACAUAUUUUAACUGUUAUACUGGAAAAUCAUACUUUUUACAUCUAAAUUUGACCAUAAAACUACAUGUACUGUCUUUAAAAAUCAAUUUAAAAA